AUGCGUCCGUUCGCCGUUAAAGUCAUCGAAGUUGUCGAAUAUCACUUCUCCCUCUUUUUAAUGACUGGUGACAAUCUCGAUCACUCACUCUUUCGCCCCCUAACUCUACUCUACUCUCUCUCUCUUUAUCUAUCUAUCUAUCUAUCUAUCUCCUUCUCAUACUCCUUCCGUGUUACAUCUUCUUACCCUUUCUUUCCUUUUCUUACCCUUCCUCUUCUUUUCUUGAACUUCCUCUUCUAUUCUUACCCUUCCUCUUCUUUUCUUACCCUUCCUCUUCUUUUCUUACCCUUACUCUUCUUUUCUUAUCCUUCUGCUACUUUACUUACCCUUCUUCAUUUCUUACCCUUCUUUUUUUCUUACACUUCCUCACCUUUUCUUACCCAUCUUCCUCUUUUCUUAUCAUUCCUAUUCUUUUUUUGCACUUCCUCCUCCUUUCCUGAUACUUCCUCAACUUUUCUUACCCUUGCGCCUGUUUUCUUACCCUUCUUUUUCUUACCCUUCCACUCCUUUUCUUAA